AUGGUUUCGGAUGACCCAGGUAGGAGAUAUGGUGUUCAAGAUCCAAAUAAUAAAAACAAUUUUACGUGCUCUUUUUGUGGACAAGUUACGAAAGGAGGAGUAUACCGCCUCAAAAUACACCUAAUUGGUGGUCAUAAAGACGCAAAGAAAUGCCCAAAUUGUCCGGAGCAUGUUCGAGAAGAACUUAGGGCAUACAUGCAAAAGAAGGGUGAAAUAAAGGCACAACAACAUAUGGAAGCAAAUUUUCGGAUGCAACAACAAGCUUAUGGAUAUGAGGGCAUUGAAAAUGAGGAGGAAGAUGUUAUUGAAGUAGGCGGUAGUAGCAAGAUGCCCCCUCCCAAAAAACCAAGAACAAAAGGCCAAAUUGACAUGUACUAUACUCCUAACCCACAAGACGCGAUGAAAGGUAAGAAGAAGGAUGGGAAACAACAAACCAUCAAUGAAGUUUGUCGAAAGGACCUUAGAGAUAAAGUUUGUCGUCACAUUGGGAGAUGGUUUUUCGAUGCGGGCAUUCCUUUCAAUGCCGAUACGUAUGAUAGCUUCAAAAUUAUGAUUGAAGCUAUUGGACAAUUUGGUCCUGGGUUGAAACCGCUAUCUAUGUAUGAGUUAAGAGUGCCUAUACUGAAUAACGAAGUAAAAGAUGUUCAAAAACAGCUUUUGGAACAUGAAGAAGAAUGGGCUGAAAAAGGUUGUUCUAUAUUAUCCGAUGGAUGA